AUGGCAUCUGCUGAGCAAUCGCGCAUCGAGAAUGACCAUCUCGUUCUCUCCAGCGACCCCGACCACCCCGCAAACCUGAUCUGUACCCUAUGCGCCAAAUUCUACACACUCGGCUGGGUGACUGGCACCGGCGGCGGCUGCAGCAUCCGACACAACCAGCACAUCUUCGUCGCGCCCUCAGGCGUCCAGAAGGAGCUCCUCAAGCCCACCGACAUGUUCGUCAUGGACGCCAACACAAACACAUACCUUCGCACCCCGCAAGUACGCUGGUCCAACUACGACAUCCCCUAUGCAAUUGCCCUGAAACCGUCGCAAUGCACGCCGUUGUUCCUGGCAGCGUUCAACCGCGGGGCCGGAUGUACAAUCCACUCACAUUCGCAGUGGGCGGUGCUGGUGACGCUGAUUGUGGAGCGGGAGUUUGGGAAAGAGGCGUGUUUUGAGAUUGAAGAGAUUGAGCAGAUCAAGGGCGUGCCCAAGGGCCGGGGCAAGCAGGGGAACUUGGGAUAUUUCGAUCGCCUGAGGAUUCCGAUCAUCGAAAAUACCGCGCAGGAGGAGGAUCUCACGGGUGCGCUGGAGGAGGCCAUGGACGCCUAUCCAGACACGUACGCGGUCUUGGUUAGGAGGCACGGAAUCUACGUAUGGGGCGACAACGUCCACAAAGCGAAGACUCUCUGCGAAAGCCUCGACUACCUCUUCCAGCUCGCGGUGGAGAUGAAGAAGAUGGGCCUGCCCUGGAUAAAGUAA